AUACUAAUGUUCGAGCGCCGUUUUUCCUAGGCAGACUCGAACUACGCAUGACAUUUAUAGUUAGGUGGUUGUUCCUGUACCUCUAAUCAUUUGCAUAAAUUUAAACAGUUUCCAGACGGAUUGGUGUUACAAUGUAGUAGAAAUGCGAUUUUAAUCAUUCAACGUGGCGUAAGAUACAGCUCGAAUCACGAAUUACACCCAUUACAGACUGGUAGCAGUAUGCUGCUAAAGAGCUAUCUCACUGCCCAAUAUGACCACACUAUCAAACGCAUCCCAGUAUCCAGGAUCAAGUUUGACAUGCAGGCUACUACCAGGAGAUGGGACACAGGUCCAGCCCAAGGCAGCGCUCCUUCAGCUUCUAUGUUUGGCUGGGGCCCAAGGCGAAACAUUUACACUAAAAGAGGUGAUGCACUAUCUGGGUCAAUAUAUCAUGGUGAAGCAGCUUUAUGACAAGCAGAGGCAGCACAUUGUGCACUGUCAGGAUGAUCCUCUUGGAGAGCUACUGGAAGUUGAAAGUUUCUCUGUCAAAAACCCAAAUCCAGUGUAUGAGAUGCUGAAGAAGAACUUAAUCAUUCUGAAUAAUGCCGACGCUGCAAAGAAUCUUUCUGUCGACAAGGAUUCUAAUGAGCCUACGAGUGAAGAUCCUGGUCAGACCUCCAGUGGUCCAUCCGAGUUGGGCCGGGCACCAGCGGGCUCUGGAUUAAGCACAUCCAAUACUACAUCACAGCGCAGACAGAGAGAGCCAGAUGGAGAGUCUCUUGAUGGUGUCCCUAGGUCUGCUUGCAAGCGGCCAAAGCUGGAUGUUAGUCUGGAUGAAUGGGAUCUGACAGGGCUGCCAUGGUGGUUCCUGGGUAACCUGCGGAGUAACUAUGCCCGAAAGAGCAAUGGAUCCACAGACCUCCACACAAAUCAAGAUGAAGACACGGCCAUAGUGUCUGACACCACGGACGAUCUUUGGUUCUUGAACGAAGCAGAGAGUGAGCAGGUGAGUGUAGAGAUGAAGGAGACUGUGCUUCAUCCGGGGAGUGACGGCGAGCUGCAUGAGGAAGAAGAAGGGGCAAAGGAGGACAAGGAGAUGCAAGAAGAUUUAGAUGAGGACUCCCAGUGCCUGAGUGAUGAUACAGAUACAGAGAUCUUGACCCAGGAUGCUUGGCAGUGCACCGAAUGUCGGAAGUGCAACUCUUCACUGCAGCGGUACUGCAUGCACUGCUGGGCUCUGCGUCGGGACUGGUACAAGGACUGUCCCCGCCUCGCUCAUGCUGUAUCUGUGCCUGACCUGCCCAUCACCAGCAGCAGCCAGGAGGCUGCCAAGAGUAAUGAUGAUAUCGAUGUGCCUGACUGCCGGCGGACGGUGUCUGACCCAGUGAUCCUUCCCUUGCAUAGUUCUCUCAACCGACCACUUUCCUACAGCAAGGACAGGAGUUACUUACAACUCCCAGGUAACCCAAAACGGGGUGGCUCGGAGGGCCCGGGGAGCUCAGAAGGGGACAGCCAGGACAUGUUGGAGAUGGAGAUGGAUGAGCGGCCGGAGGCCCUGCUGGAGCCCUGCAAGCUAUGUCGUGUGAGACCCCGCAAUGGCAACAUCAUCCACGGCCGCACGGCACAUCUCAUCACAUGCUUCUCCUGCGCUCGCAAACUGCACAAGUUCCAUGCUCCCUGCCCUAGCUGUGGCCAGAUUAUCCAAAAGGUCAUUAAGACCUUUAUUGCUUAGUGGAAAAGCAAUGCCCACUUUACUUUUGCUUUGUUUACCUUUUUUGAGAUGGUUGAAUUAAGGUAUAUAUCUUUACUUUAUUUGAUCCUCUAAAGGGAAUUGCAUCCUAUGUUUGCCAAGCGCCACCCUUGAUAUGUUAAAGGUAAUUUAUAAGAUAUUUAUUUAUUUAUUUGACACUUUUAUAAUUGUUUUCCUGACAUUGGGGUAACUGCAGCAUUUUUUUCUACAGAUUAUAGAUAUUUUACUGCAGAUUUCUUUAGCAAUCAAAAGUAUUUGAUCAUUUUAAUCGUAUAUUGAUGAAAAAUAAAAAUUACUCAUACAUAGUUACAUGCAAGAAGGAGCUGUGUUUUUUCUAAUGACUAUAUUCUUUUUGAUAAACAACACUACAAAGCUUCAAGCUUUCAGUCAAUAUUGGCAAUUAGGCAGUUGUAAGGUUCAAUAUCGUGAUGAAAAUAAGUAUUGGUGAGUUCAUUUGCCGUUAUAGUAGCCUGCCUCAGUGCUAACUAGUCUCUGUAUUGACUAGCUUACUGUAUAAUAUCAAGUGGCCAUGGUGUGAAUUGUAAUAUGCUGUCCUGGUGCGGAUCAAGUCGCUUUGUUGAUUAUCAUGUCAGUGUUAGUGUGAGCGCAUGCUGUCCAGUGUGUAUGUUCUGUCACACAUUGUGUUUCUUUGGAUUGGCUCCAGGCUUAAUAAAAUAGUUAUUGAUAUAUAUAUAUAACCUGUUAGGAUAAAAUUAUAUAGGUUGGACCAAAUCCCAUCUCCAAAAGUUAAUUAUCUGUCAGGGAAUGUCUUCUACAGUUAAGGACUAAAUUGUUAACCCCCCCUUUCUGAAAUUUCAAAACAGCCUUUUUAGCUUUUCAAGGAAAUUACUAGUACCAACAAAUUUACAAGAUAAUUACUUCCAAAAGAAGAGAAAUUCUUUGCAUCUCUAGAUCUUCUGCUAAAAUUGAUGAAAUUUUAAUGACGUAUUAUAUUUUAAUGAUGUUUUUUGAAACAAAAAUGACCAAGCCAAAAUUAUUACCCAUCUGACAAUUAAGUCAAUAGUGUACCCAUUCUGACUUACAUUUGGGGGCAGCCUCUUACUGUAUAUCCUAACAAUGUUGACAAAUGUCUCUUGAGGGAUCUUAGCCAGUCCCUCUAUAGCAGAUUGCUCCAGCUCAUCCACAUGAGAUGAUUUGAGCAUAAACCUCAACCUUGAGAUCCCACCAAAGAUUCUCAGUGAAAUUGAGAUCUGGGCUUUGAGAAGGCCACUCCAGGACCUUGAUUUUGGUGUCAUUCAAAAAGUUCUGGACCAGCUUCGAUGUGUACUUUAAGUCUGCAGACUGGCGGCAUAUUUCUUCAUAUUAUCCUUCUAAAUGUUUUUUUAAAAAUUUCUUCAUGAUCCCAUGACAAGGUUUCCUGUGCCCGAAGCAGCAAAUCAACCCCAUAGCAUUAUGCACCCAACACAAUGUUUACCUUGAAACACUGCUUGUAUGAUUGAAGGCUUCCCUUCCAUUACCAGAUAAAAGCAACAUCCGUGUGCCCAAACAGUACUGGUUUUGUCACAUUGGACUAAAGGGGAGAAUUUCAAAACUCUUCACCAUGUUUCAAAUAGUCCCAGGUAAAAUUCAGUCUGGCUUAAAUCUGCUGCUGUGUGAGCAGUGGAAUUUUCCUUGGGUGAUGACCUAGAAGCCCACCAUGAUGAAGUGUCCUCACAACAGUAAUUUUUGAGACUUCAAGCCCAGAAGAGACUAGUUCAGAGACUUUCUUUACAGAGAUCUAGGGAUUCUUUGUGAAAUCUUCCUCUCCAAAUUCUUUGAUAUUUUGCACUUCCAAACAUGUCCAGGUUUAAUUCUAA